CUAGAAUACUUUAAUAAAUAUAGUUGGUAUAAUACAUAUUUGCUAGUCCUUUUCAAAAAUAGACAUUAACUUGCAAAGUGAAACUCUGAAACUCUAAUACAACUAACAAACUUUACCCAUGUCACCGAUUCAACGACAAUGAAAACUAUGGAUAUCUUAUUUUAUGGCAGUAAAAUACUUCUUGACUUUCUCGUUUCACACUUGCCCUUGUGUUUUUCCUGGCCACUGUUAUUAGUUCUAUGUUAAAUAAAUAGCCACAUCUGGUUGGUUAUUGUAAGGUGAAGGACGGAGCUUUGUUUAAUAGUCUUCUUGUUUGAGUUUAUCAGCAUCUGCCACUGAUAAAAUAUUUAUGGGCUAGCAUUAUGAAAGCGACAAGACCCUUGCAAUUUUUAUACAUAAUAUUUGCUUCGGAGUCUUAUAAUUUAUUUUUUUUUUGUGUGGAAAACCAGAUAUACUCAGGCCUUUGUGGCUAGCGAGCUACAAAAUCUGUUGCAAGACUAUUGGAUAGGGUUGUCCAUUACCAAAGGCAACUGGACUUGGGAUGGUAAAGAACAAUCAAAAUUAACAAUGACACAUUUUGACAAAAGCAUUAAAGUUGAUGAAGUAACAGGCGGCUGUUUCGCAAUGUCUACUCAUAAACCAGUUGGGUUAUGGAAGUUGUACCCAGAUUGUUCUGUCACGUUACCUUCGAUUUGUCAGAUACCGAGAGAGGGAUUCACUACCACGUCACCCACAACAACCUUGUCAUCUACAACCCCUCUUCCUCCAUGCGCGGACACAUGGCAACCCUACGGACAAUAUUGUUAUAAGAUAGCUGAUGAAACGCAGCAGUGGCACGUGGCCCAGCAAAUAUGUACACAUUACGGGAGCUCAUUGGCCAGCAUUCACGACAACGGGGAAAACACUGCUGUCGCCGAAAUGGCUGGACAAAGUGACGUGUUCUGGAUAGGGCUACAUGAUACAGAGAUAGAGGGAGUCUUCAAGUGGGAAGACGGUUCUCUUAUGGACUUUUUUUCUUGGAAUACUUAUGAACCCAACAAUGCUAACAAUGGCGAGGACUGUACCGAACUUUUAACUGGGAACAAACUGUGGAACGAUGCAGAUUGCUAUGGAGCUAAACGUUACGUUUGUAAAAUACCAAGAGGCAAAGCUGUUAAUGAGGUACUUCCUACGAUUGAUUCCUUCCCAGCCUGUGAUGAAAACAGUCCGGAUGAUGGAUGGGUAACUUACGGGGAAUACUGUUACUUUCUUGGCAAAGAAGAAUCACUUACUUGGCACGCUGCCAAAAUGUAUUGCAGAAACAAAGGGAGUACACUUGCAAGUGUUCACUCUGAAGAAGAGCAGCGCUUUUUAUUUGGUCUGAAUUCGAAAAGUGGAGAUGUCUCUUGGAUAGGGUUUAACGAUCUUGAUCUUGACAACAGGUUUAGCUGGAGUGACGGGUCCGUCGUAGAUUUUAUAGCCUGGGCUAGCGGACAGCCUAAUGACAUAUUGGGCGGCGAGAAGUGUGUUCCUAUCUACACCGACGGAACAUGGCAUGACUAUCCGUGUAAUGACCGAAAACCUUUCAUUUGCAAGAAAAGAAAAGAUGGUAACACCAUGACAACUACUGCACCAACAACAAAAAGCAUCAAAGGAGGUUGUCCAUCGGGAUUCAAUUAUACCUUUGGUAACAAAUGCUACUACUUUAGCGCUGAUGGCAACACAGAGUAUUGGGGCGCUGCUAAGGACAGGUGUGGAAUUUUAGGAGGGCACCUUGUCAGUAUUCACAGUAAACCGGAAAAAGAUUUUAUAGCGUUGAACGUGUAUGGAAUAUCCCAUGGCAUGUGGCUAGGCAUGCAAGACCUCGAUGAUGAUAGACAGUUUGAUUGGUCAGACAACUCCCCGCUUGAUUAUUCCAACUGGGCUCCGAACGAACCUUCUAGUAAUGUGUACGACACCUUUGAAAAGGAGCCAUGUGUAGAAAUUUUGACUAAUUUACCUUCUCUUGGAUUCUGGAAUGAUGUGAAAUGUUAUGCUUCCAGGGGCUACAUAUGUUCAGCAUUUAAAGAUUCGUCAAGACCAAUUUUGAACAAUGAUUGCCCGGAAGGAUAUACAUUAAUGAGACAAUCGUGUUACAAGAUUGUAACCACAAAGCAGUCAUGGAAUCAAAGUUUAGACUCAUGUUCAACCGACGGGGGACACAUGAUAUCUCUUCUAGACUUUUCAGACAUGUUAAUUAUUCGAGUGCUACAAGCUUCGAUAGACCAAUAUGAAGUAUGGCUUGGAGGCGUUGCGUUUGAGGGUAAUGUGCAAUGGAAUGAUGGAUCAAAGUCACCAUUACCCGUCCCAGAUUCUGUAUGGUCAGGAUGUCUUUAUAGCUCCGAAUCGAAUUGGUAUAGUGUUCCCUGCAGUGAAACACGUGCAUCUAUUUGCGUGAUCAGAAAAGAGUCGGACAGUGUCUCUUCAACUACUUCUUCAACUGUCAAAUCUGCUCUCAGUUCAACGGUUGCAACAACACACACGUUCACCUGUCGCAACAGUUCCUGGCUCCUCUACAAUGGCUUUUGCUACACUACUGUUUUUGAUAUGAAAACUUUCCCGAAUACAAAGUGUUCCAAGUAUGGGAUGGAUCUGGCCAGUAUAAAUAGUGCUAAAGAAAAUUUCAAGAUUAUAAGCUGGAUUUUACAAAAACGAUGGUCUAACUCUCUCAAUGUUUAUCCUUAUUUUUGGAUUGGUCUGUCCUUACAAACAGGUGACGUACCGGUCAAUAUGUGGACAGACGGGAGUAGCAUUGUAUAUUCAAACAUAGAUACAGACAAUGGCGGAACUAAACAAGGUUGCGUUAUCUUGAUGCUUUUCACGGGCCAAUGGCAAGUGGUGUCAUGUACAGACAAACAUUUCUAUGUCUGCAAAGGACGUGCGGAUGUUGUUACGACUCUCACGCCGUCAAGUACAACAUAUUCGUAUGAUGGAAACACAACAUCAACAACAUUUCAACUUCCACCAUUUCAUCAUGGGCAGAAAAUGACAAGAGUUGCAGAGAAAGAGGGUCUGAGUGGUGGACAGGUUGCUGGUGUUGUUAUAGGUGUGCUAGGCCUCCUGGUGAUGAUUGGUGUGGUGGUAUAUAUCCUUAGGUCUUGGAAAUAUAAAAAACCAGAAUACACGUUUGAAGCUCCUUCACUUGGCUUUGACAAUGCAUUGUUUGUUAAAAAUCAAGACACCAUCGAUAUUAACUGAAGUUGUUUCGAUGCCUCACCUGCUGAGUAAAUGUCCAUAGGUUGGAAAAGCCAAAGACUAACAUCCGUUUUCUUAAAUUAUUAAGAUACCAUAUGUUACUUAAAUGUGAGUUACAAUUAGUUUAUAUUUUGAAGGUAAAUAACAAUUUUAUCGUGCAAAAUCUAUUGCGGGAGUCAGUUUGCAUUGUUACACGAAAUAACAACGUGCAUGUAGCAUGUAUUGUGAGUAGAUACAUCAAAAUAAAAUUGUUACCAAAUAUGUAA